AUGAGUGAACCCGGAUAUAUUGAAGACUUGGUGGAACGUUUUUCAGGACUUCGCACACAGGACUCCCAGGCACACAUGGAGCAACUACUGCAGAUGCUGGUGGAGACCCAGAGGGCACAGCAAGAAACUAAUGCGGCCUUGCUGCAACAGCAAUUAAAGGCAAAUCAACUCAAGGAACUGGAGCUUCAACAGACCCAGCCGAAACUCAAGGUGGGGGAUUUCAUUCCAAAGUUAGGAGUGACGGAUGAUGUGGACGCGUACCUUCAUGCGUUCGAGGCAACUGCUAUCCGGGAAGGGUGGCCAAAGGCACAGUGGGUAGGACUCUUGGCCCCUUUUCUCUCAGGGGAGGCUCUUAAGGCCUUUCAAGAUGUAGAGGCUAGCAUUGGACAUGAUUAUGACAAGCUAAAGGAGGAGAUUUUGAGCCGACAUGGCCUGACCAAGUUUAGUUUAGCACAGCAUUUCCAUAAUUGGAGUUUCCAAAAGGGGACCACGCCCCGUGCCCAAUUGCAUGAACUGAUGCGAGUUACCAAAAGGUGGCUAGAACCUGAGAAGAACAACUCAGCCGCCAUAGUGGAAACCCUGGUUAUGGACCGUUAUCUGAGAGCUCUGCCCUAUGAAGCAAAAAGGGUUAUCAGUCACCAGAAAUUAACAACCGCUAUGCAGUUAGUAGAAGCAGUUGAGCAGUAUCAGGCAGCCUCCGAUAUGCUCCGACUCCCCCGUAAAGAACCCUCAGCUUCUGUUCCCCUUCGGCCCAGCUGGGUCCGCCAAAAAGAGCCCAAACCUGAUAGCCCUCCCUCUAGUUCCCAACGAAGAGGGUUUAACCCACCAGGACAGCAAAGUGGAUUCCUGAAACCUGAAUCUCGACAGUGCUAUCGCUGUGGCGAGGUGGGCCAUAUCUCAUGGCAGUGUGACAAGUCCGAUGAGCCAAUGCCCACAGCGGGGUCUACAAGCAACCCUCAGGUGCACUUCGCUGCAAUCCUUGGGGAGAAGGGAGACCACAGACCAACCUGCCCGGUAACAGUCAAUCGGUGUGAUGUAGAAGCCUUGCUUGAUUCGGGAAGUGCUCGGCCUCACACCUUGCUCAAGGGGAACCGGUUCCUGUAG